ACACAGUGGCAUUCACUUACAUAAAAGGAAAUAUCUUUCAACAGCUGUCUUUCAACUGUCCUUGGAAGUUUCAUCCCCCAUUUUGUCUGUCUCAGAUUCUUUCAUGGAGCAACAGAGUCCUUCCCACUUUUCCACACUGCCGAGAAGAAAAUAAUUAAUUUUUUCUAGCCACUUUUCUGGGCUUACAAAAAGCGCGAGGACUGAGAGCGUGAAGGCAGACAGUACUGUCAGUCUCCCACCGACGGAAUCUGAAACAUUCCCGAACGCAAAAGCUGCAUUCUCCUUUUUCUUUUCCUUUUCACUUUGAGCCUAUUCUUCUGAGGAGGCUCGCCCAGACCUCUCUGAAAGAAGAGCAUUGGAAGAGAAGGAAUUUUUUUUUUUUUUUUUUCCCUUUUUGGUCCUCAUACCAAGAGAGAAUUACCCUGCAAUGUCUCUGAGAGGUGAUGUGUGUCUGGUGACGGGAGCCUGUGGAUUCCUGGGAAAGAGGCUGGUGAUGCUGCUGCUGGAGGAAGAGAAUAUGGCUGAGAUUCGAAUGCUGGACAAACACGUUGAGCCGCAAUUUUUAAAGACUCUGGAGGACUGUAGAGGCGACACAAAGCUGAGCGUUUUUGAGGGGGACAUCAGGGACAGUGACUUUGUGAGAAGAGCCUGUCGCGGUGCAUCCGUCAUCUUCCACAUCGCAUCCAUCAUUGACAUUAAGGAACCAGUGGAGUACAAUGAGAUGUAUGGCGUCAAUGUCAGAGGAACACAGGUUCUUCUGGAGUCAUGUAUUCAGGAGAGCGUGACGUCCUUCAUCUACACCAGCACCCUCGAGGUGAUGGGACCAAACUCCAAGGGUGAACCAAUAAUUAACGGCAGCGAGGACACAAUUUAUGACUGCACUCUGAGGUUUUCCUACAGCAAGACCAAAAAGGAGGCUGAACAGAGAACCCUGCAGGCCAACGGCGAGGUGCUCCAAAACGGAGGGCGACUGGCCACCUGCGCCCUCAGACCUACGUACAUCUUUGGGGACGGCUGCCGCUUCUUGCUUUACCACAUGGGCAAAGGGAUAGAAAACAAAGACGUGCUGUUGCGAAUGUCUCUACCAGAGGCCCAUGUGAAUCCUGUCUAUGUGGGCAACGUGGCUGUGGCUCAUCUCCAAGCAGCUCGCAGCCUCAAAGAUCCACAAAUAAGAAAUGCUGUUGGAGGAAAGUUUUACUUCAUUUCCGAUGAUACACCGCCGGUGAGUUACUCGGACUUCAACCAUGUCUUGUUGGCCUCUCUGGGCUUCAGCAUUCAAAAGAAACUCCCGCUGCCGCUCUGCCUCCUUUAUGUGGUCUGUUUCUUUUUGGAGAUUCUGUGCAGGAUGCUCCAACCUUUCAUACGCAUCGUCCCGCCGCUGAACCGGCAGCUCGUCACCUUGCUGAACACACAGUUCACCUUCUCCUAUCAGAAAGCUAAGAAAGAACUGGGAUACAACCCCAGAUACAGCUGGGAGGAAGCACGCAAACGCACCAUCGAAUGGCUGGCCUCACAGUUGCCACUAGAGAGGGAACGAAUAAGAGCUAAUCGUUAAACGAAAGGUUGUUAGCACUACAUCAACCCUGUCACCUUGAAAUUACAUUUAUAUACAACCAAUUUGCAACAGCAAAUACGUUUCGAGGAAAACGACUGGUUUAAUGCAGAAAAAGUUUCCAGUGACUGUUUAUUUAAACAUAACCAAAACCACGAGCUUUCCCCACACUUACCCAAGGUGCUUUUGUUGCCUAAACCUAACCACAGACAGGGGUCUGGGUGCAGACACCGGGUCUCUGGUGUGACAGUCAUGCACUUUGUACACCGGCCAUCCACCAUAAGCAUCUCCUGGUGACUCUGCUGCUGUUAAGAAAUGUAGUGCUUCAUUCUAAAACAACAAAAAAAAAAGAAACGUGGCCUCUGAGCGAGGGAUUAUGUUGCCACCACAAUGUAACUGAGCAAACCGUUUCGCAGUGUAUGAAUGUGAUUUUUAAGAGACGGGUUCGACUAUAUUAAAAUUGUGAUAAACUGGAUUUUUCACUAAAAACAGCAAAUUUAAAAUAAGUAUGUUUAUACUACAUGUAAUAAUACAUAUUACCAUGGUGAUCGUCACUAUUAAAGUUUCUUAAAGGCGGUACGCUUUGAAUUUUCA